CUUCCCGACACACCUCACCCCCACGCGCCCAGCACGGCACCCAUGUCCACCCUCUCACUCUCCCUCGUCGCUCUUGCCCUCCUCUGCGUCGCCCUCCUCGUCCGCGCCACCUACCUCCUUUUCUUCCACCCGUUGAGCUCUAUUCCAGGCCCAUGGUACGCUGCUGUGUCGUCCCUCUGGAUUACGACCCAUGUCCUCCGCCUCGAGCAAUGCAAGACAAUCCACGCGCUCUUCCAGGUCUACGGCCCCGUCGUCCGCAUCGCACCCAACAAAGUCGCGUUCUGCGACCUCGGCGCCAUGAAGAGCGUGUACUCCACCUGCAAACUCGACAAGAGCGACUACUACAAGAGCGUAUUGACGAACGACAACGACCACGCAAUGACUACCCUUCCCCAUGCGCAACACUCGAUCCGCCGCAAGGCAUACGCAUCGCAUUACAUGCCUUCUAACCUGGCCAAGCUCCAGCCAGAAAUCUGCGAGUCCACGGGACAGGUUAUUGAUAUUCUCCAACAUCUGCCUGCCAACACUCCCGUUGACACGCUCUCUCUGUUCAGUCACCUGGCUCUUGACAUCAUUGUCGCAUCAUCGUACGGAUACCGACUCGGUGCAGUGGGCAAAUGGGCUGUCCAGGCUGAGGAAGGAUUGACUGUCGCCAUCGGUGAUUUCCCCAAACGUGGCAUUCUCCGCAGCGCGGUGCCUAAAUGGGCCUGGAACCUGGUCUGCAAGAUUCCCCAUGCGCGCCUUCGCCUUCUCUGUGAUUCCGACAAGAUCAUGGCCGAAUUCGUCUCGACUCGUGUCUACGAGAUGCGCGCAAAGCUCGAUAUCGAGAAGACGCCUGCCCCGAUUCAGCCCGCCAUCGUCUCGCCAAUACCGUUAUCGUUUCCUUUCCUGUCCGUCGGGGGACUCGGCAGUCGCUCGUCUUCGCGUUCGGCUUCGCCGUGCCCCUCUGAUGACUCCUCGUUUGCGGAUGAGACGGAGAAGUCGUACCUGUUACCCCGUUUACUGGCGUACAAGUACCCCAAUGGAACACCGAUGCCAGAGAAGGACGCCAUCAGCGAAUGUAUGGGACACAUGGUUGCGGGCACCGAUACGACUUCGAUCUCUCUUUCCUACUUCCUCUGGGAGCUCACCCGUCGUCGCGAGAUACUCCACAAGCUCCGCAACGAAAUCGACGCCGUCAUGCCCGACUCCAAGACGAUUCCGGAUAUCAAGACGCUCAACGGUAUGGAGUACCUGAAUGCGUUCAUCAAAGAGGGUUUACGCAUCUAUGGUGCUGUUCCUUCCCUGCUCGAGCGGGUUAUCCCCGAAUCGACCGCGCUCAACAAAGGCUGCCUUGGGCCUGAUGGCUUCGAUCUCCUCGGAUACGCACUGCCGCCCGGGACCAUCGUCGGAACGCAAGCCUGGUCCAUGCACCGUGACCCGGCUGUCUUCCCCUCGCCCGAGACGUUCCUUCCGGAACGGUGGCUCGUCUCGUCGAAGGAGGACAGCGAGGCCGAAACGGCGCGUCUUGCGCAGAUGUCGAGCUACAUGAUGCCGUUCGGGACCGGCUCGCGGAUGUGCGGCGGGCUUAACCUCACCCACCUGGCCCUCCGCAUCAUCCUGGUUGCCGUGCUCCGCAACUUCGACAUCGAAGCCGCCGCUGGGACGGACGAGAAGAGCAUGAACAUGAGGGACAGCUUUGUGAUGUUCCCGGCCUCCAUGGAAUGCAAGCUCAUCUUCCACCCGCGCGUUCCCUCCGUCUAG